AUGCGUACUGCUACAUCGCAGGACUCAUUCCUCUAUGUAUAUAGCUGUGACCUUACGGCAAAUUUACAGGUGAAAAUAUGUGACUUCGAAGGAAAGUAUCGUGAUCCUCACAAUCCGAUUCGAAAGUUACGCCAACUUUGUGCACAGGCAACGGUUUACUGUAAUGGACGUGCUGUUGGCUAUUCCGUCAUGACGUCCUUCAAACCUCCACCGGAGGAAGGUGACAGGUCACGAAACACACUCAUACAGUCAUGGGGCGAGUGGCUGACUUUGCCAGUGAGGUAUUGUGACCUCAGUCGCGAUGCGUUCAUUCAUUUUUCGAUUUGGGAAUUGACAUCCGGAACAGAGUCGUUGAGCGUACCACAACCUCUGCCGAAACGACUCGUCGCACAGUCUUCUUUACCACUGUUCAGCAAACGAGGUGUUCUGAAGUCUGGGACGCUUGAUGUUCAAGUAAGUUACUUCACUCAAUCAACCUAUCAUUUUGUAUCACGCCAGCAGCGAAACUUGGUCGCAGAAGUGCCGUGGUUAGAUCCGUUUACGUUCAGAAAGGUGGAAGAGCUGCGCAAUAAUCGAAAGUUUGCUUCCACGCAACGCUACCUAUUUCUUGUAUUCAAAAUGGCUUCUAUCCAGUACGAUCGACAGUAUUACGACGUAGUUUAUUACGAAGAUCCAACUCCAGAUCUGAGAAUUGUUACUUCGAUUGGUGGUGUUGGUGUGAGUGCGACGUCACGAGUAUGCGAUCCCGAAUUGGGAUUGGAAAAUCUGGCAGAGACGAAACAUAAUGUGAUGACAAGAAAUGCCAGAGCAGGAGCUAUGGAUAAACAGCUGAAGCCAAAUAAGCAGACAAAGGAUCGGCUCGAGACAAUUAUUCGGCUUCCAUCGUCUCAGUCACUGACCCGUGAGCAACGAGAUUUGGUAUGGAAGUUCCGCUAUUUUCUGCAAGCGGAUCGCCGGGCAUUGAAUAAAUUUCUUCGUUCAGUGAAUUGGGAUCAGCCCGGUGAAGAACAACACGCACUUGCAUUACUCAACGUUUACUCAUCCAAGUGUCAGGUACAUCUCGGGCUUUUUGAUGCCGCUUCACCUGACCAGGUGCUGCUAUAUCUGCCACAACUGGUGCAAGCACUCAAAUAUGAGCCGCUCCCCACGACUGAUGCUGCUAUCGUUGAGCAGGUAAACUUUAAUGGAUCAAUUUUGUCACCCUUGAAUGUUUUUUUGUGGCCUCUUUUGAGAAUGUAUGCGACAGGUUAUCCAAAGGUAGCAAAUUUUCUGUUCUGGCAUUUGAAAGUUGAAUCCGAAGCUACUCGUAAGACUGAUGAAGCUCUCUCUUCGGUGUACGAACGAUUGCUGAGCCGUCUCAUGCAAACAUUGCAACGUGGUACACCGGAGAUGAAGAGGCAAGCGGAAAGCUUGAGGAUGCAGAGGCAAUUUGUCGAAGACCUCAAAAUCCUAAUGCAAGAGGCAGCGAAUAAGUAUAGUCGUCGUGAUUUACGUCAAGCUGCUCUCUGUACGCUGUUAAAUAAUGCUCGACACAUGAAAGAACUUCGUGGAUUGCACUUACCGCUUGAUCCGAGUGUGAGGCUUGCUGGUGUAAUGCCAGAUUCAGCUGUACUGUUCAAUAGUGCAAUGAUGCCCGUUAAGCUGACGUUCAAAACAAUAACUGGUACGGAUACCAAUAAGGAGUACACGCUCAUUUUCAAGCAGGGUGAUGAUUUGAGGCAAGACCAGCUAGUCAUACAAAUGUUCCGGCUUAUGGAUAGUCUUUUUAAGAAAGAUCAGCUCGAUUUGAAGUUAACACCAUACGCAGUAUUAUCUACCGGUGUAAAUGAGGGAUUUGUACAGUUCGUCAAGGCGAAACCGCUCAGGGAAAUUAUCAACACUUACAAGAGAUACAAUACGGAUAGCAUAAAGGAAGCAAUGAAAGAAGCUCGUCCAGAUGCGCAUGGUCCUCUUGGAAUUGAAGCUAAUGUAGUGGAUAAUUAUGUACGGUCACUGGCUGGGUACUGUGUGAUGUGCUACGUUCUGGGAGUCGGUGAUCGCCAUUUGGACAACUUACUGCUGUGUGAAAAUGGUCGCAUAUUCCAUGUUGACUUUGGGUUCAUACUUGGACGCGAUCCGAAGCCACUACCACCGCCGAUGAAGCUAACUAAUGAGAUGCUUCAGGCGAUGGGUGGCAUUAAGAGCGAACAUUUUCGUCAUUUUUGUAUGCACUGUGAUUCGGCUUACCGUAUCCUUCGUCGCCAUGCUAACGUCAUUCUGAAUCUGUUUUCUUUGAUGCUGGACGCCGGUAUUCACAAUAUCUCCGAGGAACGAGAUAAAGCUGUAUUCAAAGUAGAAGAACGAUUGCGAUUGGAUCUGAGCGAUGAAGCAGCUUCGGUACAUAUUUUUGGAGUGAUCGAGACGAGCAUGAACUUCCUCAGCAUGAAUGUCGGAAUCGUGAUGGAUGUGCUACACGAUUUGAAGCAGAACCUUAGCUGGUAG